AUGGCUUCUCAGGAGCCCGGGCAACGGUUCCACUGGCACUAUGGUGAGCUCGACGACAAGAACUUCCAGCUACACGGGCGCAGCAGCAUCCUGGUGGCGGUCAUCGUCUUCUCCGUCCUCCUCCUCUUCACUCUUCUAUGCCUCUACGUCAGGUGGACGUGCCGCUACCGCCGCCAGGAAGCGGUGGUCUCGGUGUCCAACCACCGAUCCGCAUCCACCUCGCGCCAGUCGACGCUCGUGAGCAGCGGCCUCGACCAGGCAGCCAUCGACGCCCUUCCGGUUUGCAUCGUGAGCUCGCCAGCGGACGAGGCCCAGUGUUCGAUAUGCCUCUCCAACCUGGUGGCGGGGCAGAAGGUGAAGCAUCUACGGGGCUGCAACCAUGGGUUCCACCCGGAGUGCGUCGACGAGUGGCUGAAGGGCCAGUCGAGCUGCCCACUUUGCAGGGCCUCUCUGAUCACCGGAUCUGCUCCGCUAGAGGCUCCAGUCUGA